AUGGCGCCGUCGCUGGGCUUCUUCCUGCCUCUGCUGCUGCUGCUGGGCGUCCAGGCAAAGGCCGGCGGGCUGCAGGGGGACCAGCAGGGGGACCACCAGGGCCUCCAGCCUCCCCUCUCUCCAAGAGUCCAGCUGGAGGACCAGCAGGAGAACCAGCAGGGCCUCCUAUCACCCCCUUUUCCCAAACUUGACCUCCCACCUCCCUCCUCUCCCAAAGUCCAGCAGGAGAACCAGCAGGAGAACCAGCAGGAGGACCAGCAGAGGGACCAGCUGGGGGACCAGCAGGGCCUCCCAUCCCCUUCUCCCAGAGUCCAGCUGAAGCCGCUUUGGACCGCGGGCAUGGCAGGCGGCGUCCUUCCGGACCCAGAGAUGGUGGACCUGGACCUGAGCCGCCGCCGCCAGCGGCGCCAGGCCGGCGGCGGGGGCGAGGAGGACGAGCAGCUGUCCACCUUCAGCCACUCCUACGAGAACGAGUGGGUGACGGCGCCCCAAGCCACCGAGUUCAGUACCUCCACCCAGGACGCGGAGCAGGGCGGGGGCCAGGGGGGGGGCCAGGAGGCCAGCAGCCUGCAGCCCAACACCACCAGCCCGGACCAGGACGCCCCGGGGCUCUUCAACCCCUUCCGGCCGCUGGGGGAGGGCUCCUACGUGGCCUACGGCGUGCUGUUCCUGGGGGGGCUGGUGCUGGCGGUGGGCGUGGUGGGCAACAUGGCCGUCAUGUGCGUGGUCUGGAACAACUACUACAUGAGGUCGGCGUGGAACUACCUGCUGGCCAGCAUGGCCUUCUGGGACUUCCUGGUCCUGGUGCUGUGCCUGCCCGUGGUGGUCGUCAACCAGCUCUCCCAUAGGAGGAUCCUGGGUGACAUCACCUGCCGUAUGGUGCCUUAUAUGGAGGUGGGUGGGGCUUGUUCCCAGAGGGAGAACCUCUGGUUUAGCUCCAGAUGUUGA